GCCCGAUACUCUCCGCCGCCCUUCGAUGCGCCCAAACGCGAGCGAACGGCCAUUAAGUUCCCGUCGACCACAUCCUCGUCGGCCCGCUAUGUGAACGACAGCGACGAUGAAGAGGCGACGGUGUCGGUGUCGCCCACAUUCAAGCUCUCGUCCGACGUGUCGCCCCCGCGCCGCAAGACACCGGUGAAUAGGGGCGCCAACAACAGCGACUCCGGUGUCGUCCACACCAUCGAGAACGUCGGCGUCUCGAAGAUCGGCGACGGAAGCAAACUUGUGGUCACUCUUCCCGACGGCACUAACAUUAAGGUGGACGCGACGACUAGCAGUUCCCAGAAGAAGGUGGCCUUCAAAGGCACCAAAAAAGUUGGCGAUAAGUCCGAGUCGGUUGAGAUCGAGACGGACGACGCCGGCGCUAAGUCGGACCCCGCGGACGACGACUACAAGCCGUCCCGAAGUCGCAAGAAGUCGGACGACUCGGCC